AUGGACGGUACCGUCGGUACGGGAAAUGGAGUGGGUUCGAAGAAAUCAAAGGAGAGGAAGGCCGGUGAUGGGCCUGGUCAGAGAUUUCAGUGCCCUAGGUGCCCAAAGAAUUUUAGUCGGAUUGAAAACUUGACGAGGCAUCAAGCUAAUCACGACGAUGUUGGCAAAUUUGCAUGUGUUAUUUGUAGAAAGCGCUUCACUCGUAGUGAUCUCCUGAACCGACAUCGUCGAAUUCAUGAAAACCAAGUCAAGCCUUCGAGUAAUGCUGGGUCAUCAAUCGAAUAUACACCCUCGCCUCAAAGGGAUGUUAAGCGAGAGACGUCGAUUGAGACCGCAGCUUACCAGCAACAUGGCCGUACAGCCAUUCCAAUGCAACAGCCUAGAGAUGUGUAUGAGCCUCAGUACGGCAAUAACCCUUACCAGACCUCUGCUCUCCCAGAAAAUGGGUUUUCGAAUGGAGCUUCUUCCAUGCUUCCAAACCACACACCGGCACCACGACUCGCGAGCCUGAUGGAAGCCGCUCUAGGGCCACAGCCAGAUCCCUCAUUCGCGCCAAUGCAGAACUUCGAUCCUUCUUUAUGGGGAGGAUUCAUGAUGUUUGGUGAUAAUUCAAAUACAUAUAUGGGUACCUACGAUGCCGAUAUAUCCUGGACCUUGGAGUCCUUUCAUUCGGAAUCACCCCCAGAUAGAUAUCUAGACCCGGAAAUGAUGCGCAAUAGCAACCGGACUUUCGCUGACGAUCCUUAUGGCUAUCAAACAGGAUCAUAUCGGCCAGAUGGUGUAAAUCAGCUAGACGCCGCUGAUGUUGAAGAUGAAGAUACGAACGAUUGGCCAGACAAAGAAGGAGGUAUCGCUAGCAGACGACAACGAACAGCUAGGGUAGUUCCGCUUCAUUUAUUUCCAGUAUCAUGGCAGAAUGUUCUCGACGAAGCGAGAGCUAGUGGUUUGUCUGCAACGACAAUACGCCCGUAUCAACAUAUCAGUACUUCCAUACGAUCGAAUCUUAUGGCUGCCCUGCAGGGAGAAAACUUCAGAAAUGAUUUGUCUCGGUCUGAGAUUACCGACUCCAAGUUUCCACCAGCCGAGGCGCUCGAUUUCUUUUUGCGACUGUACAUUAGAUAUAUACAUUCACGAUUCCCUGUUCUACACCUUCCGACAUUCGAUAUUUACAAUAGCCCGCCGCUGCUGCUAGUCGCAAUGAUGUUCCUAGGAUCUAGCCACUCACGCAUAGAUAGAGGGCGCUUUUCGAGGCUUUUCUAUGAUCACCUGCGACUAGCCGUUUUGAGGAAUAAUGAAAUGGACUCGAAAGCUUUGCGAAGAACGGAAAAUAUCAUGACCGCUUUUCUGUUGUGUCUAGCUGGGACAUGGAGUGGAAGCAAACGGGCAUAUGAGUUUGCUGAAGGUGGUCGAGGUACGCUCAUAACGGCCUGUAGAAGAGCGCGACUUUUAGACUGCAGACCUUCGUCUAGAGUGUCACAUGAACAAUUUCAGCGUCCAGGACUGAGUCAGCUAGACGCGAUCUGGCUUGCCUGGGUAGAGACCGAAAAGCGAAAGAGACUCGGUCUUUGUAUAUAUAUGUUCGACUGCAUGUAUCCGGCGCUAUUCAAUAAUCAACCAUAUGUCAGUAAAGCGGAAACAACAAAUUGUGCGUUUCCUUGCGCCGAGGAAUUUUGGGAAGUCCCAACAGCGGAAUCAUGGAAGUCGAUGCUGGGUUCCGCAGAUGCGCCACCUGUAACAUACUACCUUCACGCUCUAAAUGCUUGCCUAUUGAGAAGAUAUAUCAAGCCUCCACCGCCAGUAACCAAUGUCGGCUCUGAAUUUGGAAAACUGGUUCUCAUAUAUGCACUUCAUACGCAUAUCUUUGAGUGGCGACAAUCAACAUCCAUGCUCAAUCCAACGGGUCUUGGAGGCUACCUUGGUGGUCAAGCCUUACCCAUGGGUAAAGGUCUUAAAGAACGACGGCAAUGGCUUGCUGAUGGUGUCGAGAGUUGGGGUGAGUGCUAUCAAGGCAUCGAUACAUCAACUGCCGCGGCAUUGCUCCAUCGAUUAGCUUUCGUUGCACUAGAUGUCAGUCUUAGUGAUAUGCAUCUUGUCGCUGGUCGGUCUAAUAAUCUCAAUGAUGGGAAUUUUGCGGAAGAUAACCUUAUGCAUUGGGCUAACAGCGAGAUUGCUAAUUCCACAAUGCAUCACGUUUUCACUAUGCUUGAAAUUGCGCAUCUUGCCAUCAACAACGGGUUUGUUGAAGAAAGCUCAUACGAAGUCGCGGUUUGCUUGUUCACUGGUGGCAUCAUAUGUUGGGCUUACGCGAAGCUCAAUAAGGGGCUGAACAGUAACCACCAUCGUGCUAGAGAGGAAGUUCAAAAAGCUAGCACUGCGCUGGAGGAAAUGGGAUGCUGGAGAAUGUGUAGCAUGUUCUCGAGGAUCCUGAAGAGUUUUGAGCUUGGAAAAGGUGUAUCAUAA